UUAGCCAGCCGCCCGUCAAUGCUCGUCAAGUCUUUAGUCGAUUUCAGUGGUCCAACUUCUUCGCACGUCCUCUUCCAACUCUCCAGAUCAUCAUGUCUUUCAUUGGCAAGUGGAAACUGACUACUCAGGAGAACUUUGAUGAAUACAUGAAGGCAAUUGGUGUCGGCAUGGCCAACCGCAUGUUGGCUAAGGCAGCCACCCCCCAGGUGGAGUACUCUGCCGAUGGUGACAACUGGACCAUCAUCACCACCGGCCUUCGAGACACCACUGCCAAAUUCAAGGUGGGAGUUGAACAAGACGAUGAGACCGCCGAUGGUCGCAAAGUGAAAACCGUCUACACUUUGGAGAGCCCCAUCAAGAUGGUGCAAAAGGAAAAGUGGGAUGGCAAAGAGGCCACACUCGUCCGUGAAGUCCAUGGUGACGAACUCAAAGUGACCAUCACUUUGGACGGAGUCGUCUGCACUCGCAACUACAAACGCGUUUAAGUUUUUUUAGACGUGUCAACAGAGACAAAAGAAAUCGAAUGUAAAAUGCCUUGUGUGUAUAAAGAAAACAUUCAAUACACUCACACCGCUGUA